AUGGCAUUACGAUAUACAGCUGACGCGCUGAUUCAUUUGCGCGAGUCGCCGCUGUGUGCCAAGCCUAAUGCGCUUCCACCUGCGGAAGAAUGGAUGGGACCGCCGCCUGAAAAUUUCCGCAACAGCUCAGGAAACAAGACCGGCGCCGACAGGAACCGAAACAAUGAUACCAGUCUGCUUGAACAGACAAACCGCCGCCCAGGAGUCGACAGACAUCUGUCUCGAAACAAUGCGAACCCGGAGGAUAUAAUCCUUGGGCCUCCGCGCACGACAUUCAACUCGGCCACCCUUUCGAGAACCAACAAGACUUUCGAGAAUGAUAAAGCUUUGAAGGACAUGGAUCCCCGGGAGCGCUUUACUUUCCGUAAUCGCAAUGGGGAGGCCGAGAGCGGAGAGCGCUUUCGUGAGAAGGAUCGCGAUGGCAGGAACAACUUCCGCCGUCGGGGCGAUGGCGACCAAGAUAGCGAGGGUUGGAGCACUGUGAAGCCUCGCAAGAGCUUUGGUCAUGAGGGUGCAGAGCGCUUCUCCGGGCGCAUGGGUGAUCGACCGGACCGCUUCGGAGCAGAACGUGCACCGCGCACCCCAGACGAUCGCGAGAACAAUGCUGAGCGACCACGCCGCACCUUUGGCGAAUUCGCCAAAGAACCCAAGGAGGGAGAAGACAGCGAGAAACCUCGCCGAAAUGGUCUGGCUAGGAACCGAUCUGACCAGCCGUGGACGAGGGACAGCAACGAAGCCCCACCGCAGCGCGAGCGAUUUGACAGGUUUAAGAGCUGGAGGGAGAGAGGUGCAGAUGAUAACGCUGAGCCGCAACACGAGAACCCGAGGGAGAGAACAUAUGAACGCAGAUGGGACCGAGACCGAGAUCAUCGUCAAGAGCGUGAUCCGGAAUGGCUCGACGAACCAGCCGAGGAACAUCCUCAGGGGCGUACCGAAGAGGACUUCUUGAAGUUCAUGGCAAACAUGAAGGGCAAGAGCUCUGCAAAAGCUCAGCCGGCCCCGACUUCGAUGUUUGACGGGGCAAAUUCGCAUGAGAAGCUGGAAAUCGAGAAGCCCAAGAUGCAAUCGGUCAGGUCGACGACUGCAGUUGAGCUGGGACAAGACAAGUUCUUUGCUGCAUUUGCUUCGGGUAUGGACGGACCUGGGACACCUGGCGAUGUCGUGAAGGAGAAUGCCGCCCCGGCGCUGAAGCCGAAAUCUGGUUCACGGUUCCAGACGUUCUUCACGUCCCAAGAGGAAACCCGUCGACAUAUUGAAUCCCCAGCACCAGCUCCUGCGGCCCCACCAGCAAGCCAAGUGAACCCCUUAUUGGCAAUGCUCGGAGCACCGCAGCCGCGAGCCGGGUCGCAGGCAGAUUCGUCCGAGAAGGUAGCUUUCCAGGCCUUGCUCCAGAAGCUACAGAAGCAGACAUCCACUGCCUCAACACCUCCUUCCGCGGGUGGUUUUGCGGAACCCCCGCCGAUGCACGAGUACGUACCAAGUAACGCAAUUGCUUCACCUGGUCCAUUCCAUCCAUACGGACAGGAGCGCCGUGACGAACUCCUUGCUCGUGGGCCACCGUCACAGCCCCAAGAGCUUCACACCCCUCGGCCGCAGCAGAAUACACAAUUUGCUGCAAUGCGGCCAGGGCCAGAGCAGCAGAUGUUGCAUGACCUGAUUGGCCAACGUCACCCAAGCCAGAACUCGGGCGCCGGGCGUGUCGACCAACCAUCGAGCCGUAAUAGUAACCAUAACGCUGAGUUCCUCAUGAAGCUGAUGCAGCAGGGUUCGCGAUCAGGACCAGAGCUUCAACGACAUGACCAGCCGGUCAUGAGGAUGCCUCAGCCCUCGCGACCUGCGCAGAUACCCCCAACACCGGACCGAGAGCCUGACUAUCAGCGGGAGCGCGGCGCAUCGCAGCACCAAGGUGGCCGUCCCUCCGGUCUACCGAGCUUUUUCGACGAAGUUCCCAUGCACCAUCGUGAGCAAGAGACUCGUCCACAACAGCCCACCCAAAUCCUACAGCGCCAACAAGGACCUCCGGGCUUGGACCAGAUGCAUCCCAACAACUGGAUGCAGGCUGGUGCGCAGCAGAUGCCUCCGCCUGGCCGCCCCAUGAUUCCCCCUCCUGGUCUUCCUGGCAACCAGCGCAAUGGUCCCAUGCCCGGCGCCUUCCCGCCGAAUUAUCCCAUUCCCGGGUUCCCUCCUCCGGAUGCCAUGGCAGGUCCUCCUCGCAACAUGGCACCGCCUCCUGGUUUCUUUACCGGCGGCCCACCGGGCUUCAUGCCGCCUCCUGGAAUGGGAACUCCCGGUAUGGGCACUCCCGGAAUGGUUGGCUUCCAGGGCCCAGAGCCCCUUGGUUUCUUUGAUGGUCGCGGAAUGCCUCCUCCUGGGGGUCCUUACCGUCGGAACUAA